UUAAAUGAUACUUUCUCGGAAGAAGGAGAUGGAACUUCCUGCGACAAAGUUACGAAUAGGACUAGUGAUAUUUCCUCUUAUUCUACUUACGAUAGCUCCAAUCCUUUAUCUCUUUUUUGGUUAUCCUCUCUAUUAUUCAACAUCAACAUACAAACAUUUAUCGAAUUCAUCAUCGUCGUCGGCAAUAUCUUCUCCAUCUAGGUAUAACCAUUCAUCAUCAUCAUCAGAUAGUUAUAAGACAGAAGAUUCAGAACCAUCGUCGUAUGAUAAUGAUUACGACGACACAUAUCAUGAUCCCAAGUCAUCAUCUUUGCAUAACAAUGAUCGUCUAUCCAUCUCAUCAUCGAAUGGUCAUCAUCAAGUAACUCCUAAGAAAGAGCACCGCCGGAAAAAGAGAAAACGUAAAUGCGAUAUAUUCUCCGGCGAGUGGAUCCCAAACCCUAAAGCCCCGUACUACACAAACACGACAUGCAGGGCGAUACACGAACACCAAAACUGCAUCAAGUAUGGAAGACCUGAUUUAGGUUUCAUGAAAUGGAGAUGGAAACCUAAAGAAUGUGAUCUCCCUCUGUUUGAUCCUUACGAGUUUCUGGAAAUAGUUAGAGGAACAAGAAUGGCGUUCGUUGGUGACUCCGUUAGCAGAAACCACGUUCAGUCUUUGAUCUGCCUACUCUCUCGGGUGGAACAUCCUGAGGGUGACUCACAACAGGAGUUUAAUUUCCAACGAUGGAAAUACAAAACGUACAACUUCACGAUCGCCACAUUUUGGACAACACAUUUGGUUCGCGCUGAAGAAACGGAAACCGGUCCGACAGGUCCUAAUUCAUUCUACAAUCUCUACCUCGACGAACCUGACCCUACUUGGGCUUCCCAAAUCGGUGAGUUCGAUUACAUAAUCAUCUCAUCUGGACAAUGGUUUUUCCGACCACUCUUCCUUUUCGACAAACAAAAAAGGAUAGGAUGUUUGUAUUGCUACAUUCCCGGAGUCAGAAAUGUCGGGGCACAUUUCGCGUAUAGAAGAGCAUUGAGAACAACAUUCAAGACAAUUCUUGGAUUAGAGAAUUUUAAAGGAGAAGUGUUUCUGAGGACAUUUGCUCCUUCACAUUUCGAAGGUGGAGAAUGGGACAAAGGUGGAAAUUGCUUGAAAACGCGACCAUAUAGGAGCAAUGAGACAGAGUUAGAUGGUAUGAAUCUAGAGACACACAGCAUUCAACUCGAUGAAUUUCGCAUUGCAAACAGAGACAAAAACAGAAAUGACGGAUUAAAUUUGAGAUUACUAGAUGUCACACAGAUGAUGUUGUUAAGACCAGAUGGACAUCCGAGCAGAUUCGGACAUAAACGAGAAGAUAAAGUUAUCUUGUAUAAUGAUUGUGUACAUUGGUGUUUGCCAGGUCCAAUUGAUUCAUGGAACGAUUUUUUACUAGACAUGUUGAAAAAUAGAGAUUUAAAGAGAUUAAAAUACUAGUACGUAGAAUCUAAAUUUUCUCAGUUAAACCCUUUUUGUUCAUUUGUAAUUAUAUACGAGUAUGUUUGGUUACGAUGUGGUAUUUAGAAAGAUCUCUUCCCUUUUUGGCACGGUUUUCAUAAUCAGAUAUAAGCUUUUAAGUAAUU